AUGAUAACUGACAGCUGUUUCCACACUUCUCAGAACAUUUCUGGGGAAAUGCUGCCUUUAGCCAUGGUGAUGCUGUGUGACUUCCAGGAACACAAGUUUUCACCACAUUUUUCUUCAACUGAAAAUGAACAAGAACGCCAUCAGGAUGUCAAGUAUCUUCUGAACAGUUUAGAAAGGUGUAAGACAAAACUUGCAGCAUCCUUGGCCCGGUUCCGGGUCAAACAGAGCCUAAGGAGUGUCUCAUCCUUCCUUCUCGAUCCGAUCCGGACCAAACAACACCAAGCUAAAUCGCUUCCACUGUUUACAUGGGUCAACACGCUCAUGUACAGUGUGGAAGACGUUUGCGAAGCGUUGCAACGAGCCAGCCUCUGUGAAGUUAAGAGUGUGGCCGAGCUAAAAGAGAUGUCUUUCUGUAGAGACCGCCUCUGCUCAGACACCCUUGUCUUUCCAAAGCAGCUUCACGUUUGGCUUCAGACGAGCACUCUCACUUCAUCAUGUAUCAUCAACAUCCAGGAGAGAGGUCUGUGUGUGGCAGUGAAUGUGUUGCGGCCGCUGCUGUUUGAUUCGGGUGAUGUCCUGGUGGCCGGGUGUUUCUCUGCUGUGACGGUGUGCCAUGUAGCAGUCGCAGCCGCUGCCCGAGCUGGGCGCGUCCUGGUCUGCUCUGCUGACCAUGCUCCUUCACUGAUAGAAGAGGCUGAUCCCACUAAAGUAGAAACGGUCCAGGACGUAUUGGCAAGGGCGGCGGCAAAGGGCCUCCUGGGUGGAAUACUCCCAGAGCAAUCAAAACUUGGCAAGAAGGGAAAAGGGAAGAAAAGUCAACAAGCAGGCAGUGAGCAGGAGGCUGAGGGCACAGGUGAUGCUGAAGAUGAGGAGCUGGGUGACGUGGAGGAGGGGGACAGACCCGAUAAGAGCAGCAACGUGGGGAAGAAAAAGAAGGCUGGGAAAGGACAUAAAGGAAAAGCCAGCACCAGGCAAAGCAAGAGUCAUUCCAAAGGCGAUAAGAAAAAGGUCAAGAAGAGAAUCCAGGGCAAGCGAAAGCCUCGUCGAAUACCUCGCCUCACGCUGUCACUGAUGUCCUCUGCUAAAGCUUCAGCACGUCUGUCUCUCAUUACCCCCUUAGUGAAGAAGCUCAAAGACAAUACGGCCAUGAUUACAUCUUCUGAGACCUCCUCGGGAUCCUCCACACCUGCCACUCAGCAGCCCCAGUCUGCCCUCUCUGCUACACGCACUGAAGCUGAAGCAGCACAGAAACAGCUGGGUAAGAGCGAAGCCAGUGAAAAAGGGAAAGAAAGUAAAGUUAUCUCUGUUGUUCAAGGGCAAAUAGAUCUGGGUGAGGUAGAGGUGGAAGACGAGGACAAACCUGUGGACUCUGUGCCCCUCCUCGAGUCGCUCUUCUCAAACAGCUCCAUCAGUAUCACGGAGAGCUGA